GCCAGCAUGCCGCUGGCGAGCUACACGCUGGUGGUGCGGGCCGGCGCCAAGGGCUGCUUCGUGGCGCGCAACGGCGGGCGCAAGAAGAAGAGCGGCAGCAGCAGCAGCAGGCCGAAACGGCGGAAGCGCGAGUACGUGCACGGCGGGCUGCGCCCGGACACGGACAUGGAGGCGCUGUUCGCGGGCCUGCUGCAGGACGAGGAAGGGCGUGUCGCGCGGGAGGAGAUUGAGAUCGAUCCCGGCCUGGAGAAGUGGGUGCCUGCUUACUACGGGGACGGGUAUAAUAAGGGUCAGGAGGGGGUGGAUGGCGCGCGGGAGAAGGUGGUGGACCCGACGGGCGGCGGGAAUACCUUCCUCGGCGGCCUGGCGGUUGCUCUGGCGCGGGGCAAGUCGAUCGAGGAGGCCUGCGUGUGGGGCCACGUGGCGGCCAGUUUUGCUAUUGAGCAGGUUGGUUUUCCGGUGUUGAGCGUGGAUGAGGAGGGGAGGGAAACAUGGAACGGCGUGAGGGUUGAAGACCGGUUGCGGGAGUUUCAAGAGCGGCUGUGAGUGGGUGUUGGAUCAGGUGUUUAUUUGUUUUCGGAAGGGAGUGGUUGGUUAUAGAGGCUUGGUUUGGGGAGGCAGCGAGAUAGACACCUUGU